ACACACACACACACACACAUGCACGGAUCUGACACUUGGCCGUCAGCAGGCUUCACCAGCAGGAAGGCGGCUGUUUUUCUCUCGCUUCCUGCUUCUUCAACAAGAGUCUCGGGGAAAUCUACAAGACGGAGCGAUCAGUAGUGGUGAACACAGAUCCCCCUUGGACCUGCCGAAUCCAGAUGGAGUUGCUCUUUUUCUGUCAAACCCAGUGUAAGGACGGACCCGCUGGUUCGUCUUAAAUCCCGAUCCUCUGCAUCUUACCAUGGGCCGCGGCUGGGUUUGGCGAUAAACAGACCUUGACUCUGACUGGCACCAGUCAUGGGAGCCAAAUGGACUUGGUUCCCUUGGGCGCUCUGCCAGGACAGAAAAUCCCCUGGUCCGGACCAGGAGAGGGAGAAGCGCUGGGCUGAGCUCUUUGAUCAGCUGGACCUCAACAAAGAUGGACAUAUUGACAUCCUCGAACUGCGAGCAGGGCUGGCAGGCAGAGGGCUUAUUAGAGGAUCCCUGGAGAGGAUGGUGGCGGCCGGGGACACCAACAAAGAUGGGUUACUAGACUUUGAAGAGUUCACGGAGUAUCUCCGCACCCAUGAAAAAGAGCUCAAACUCAUGUUUCGUAGUCUUGACAGGAACAAUGACGGUCAGAUAGAUGCAGCGGAGAUCCAGCACUCUCUACACAACAUUGGUGUGGACAUUAGCCUCGAGGAUGCCACCAGGAUUUUGCAAAGAAUGGACAAAGACGGUACCAUGACCAUUGACUGGAAUGAGUGGCGAGACUAUUUCCUCUUUAACCCUCUCACUAACAUGGAGGACAUAGCGCGCUACUGGAAACAUUCAAUGAUGUUGGAUAUAGGUGAGCAGUUGACAGUCCCAGAUGAAUUUUCUGAGGAGGAGAAGAAGUCUGGCUAUGUGUGGCGGCAGCUGUUGGCUGGAGCCAUGGCUGGAUCUGUAUCUCGAACUGGGACUGCUCCCUUAGACCGCCUCAAAGUCUUCCGACAGGUUCAUGGUGCCAUUGAUUUUAAAGGGAAUGUGCUGAGCAGUUUUCAGUACAUGCUGAAAGAAGGAGGACCUUGGUCGCUGUGGAGGGGCAAUGGAAUCAAUGUGCUUAAGAUUGCCCCAGAAAUUGCUAUCAAGUUCACAGCUUAUGAACAGAUCAAGAAUGUGAUGCGUAGCAGAAAUGAAACCAGAAAUCUGAGGAUUCAUGAGAGGUUUGUUGCAGGCUCCUUGGCUGGAGCUACAGCUCAGACAGCCAUCUACCCAAUGGAGGUGCUGAAGACUCGUCUCACACUAAGGAAAACAGGCCAAUACUCAGGAAUAGCAGACUGUGCCAAACAGAUCCUACAGAGAGAAGGUGUCGCAGCCUUCUACAAGGGCUAUGUACCCAACCUGCUGAGUAUUGUCCCGUACGCUGGCAUUGACUUGGCUGUCUACGAGACUCUGAAGUUUUCCUGGCUGAACAGAAACCGAGGUUUAACUGACCCAGGGGUCAUGGUGCUGGUCGGCUGCGGUGCCGUUUCCAGCACCUGUGGACAGCUGGCAAGUUACCCGCUAGCACUGAUCCGCACUCGAAUGCAGGCACAAGCUUCAGUGAAGGGAGCCCCUAAACCCUCCAUGUUGGCCUUGCUUCACAACAUCGUGACCCAGGAUGGUGUGGCCGGACUUUAUCGAGGAAUUUCCCCCAACCUGCUGAAAGUCGUUCCUGCUGUCAGCAUGUCCUACGUCGUCUAUGAAUACACAAGGAUAGUCCUGGGAGUGGACAUUGAGGGUGGUCUAUAAAGGAAGCAACAGGAUUAAUAGGAGGACCGGUCAAACUUCCUGUUCCGUAAGCGACAAGAACCUAAAGUCGCUGCACACCGGUGGAGUUACAGAGUCCGGACUUUGAUUGACCUGUCUGUCAAUGGAAAGAUUACUACUAAGUAAUGCACACCAAAGGACUUUUUAUUUUACAUGAGUGGAACUACCAAAGCCAUAUCAAGAAACGUAGAAGAUUCAGGAUAACCUCUCAUGCAAAAUGCUCAUGUUUUAUAAGUGUUCCUAUUUGAAACACACAAAAGGGUCCAGUGCUACACAAUGUUUUUAGAAACUCUAUGUGCACAAUGUGCAGGUUUAACACUAUGAUAAAGAGUUCAUGUUUUCUCUCUCAAUAAUGAAACACUAAGAAAUGAGAUUUAAUGCCAAUAAACAUUUUUGAUGUGA